AUGUUCAACCAAUUCCUACGUCAAUGGGGGAUCCUCCCGUCCACAAACUUCAACAUUCACUCCUGCCCCUCUCUCAGCGGCAAAACCGCCAUCAUUACCGGCGGCAGCGACGGUAUCGGUGCCGACAUCGUCAAACACCUUCUCCUCAACGACAUUGCGCAAGUCCUCGUCCUCGCCCGCAACGAGACAAAGUUCCAAAACAGCCUGACAAAAGUCUGGCGGCCCGCGCUGUCCGCCACCCCGGAGCGCAUCGACCGCGUCCGCUUCAUCCCCUGCGACACCGCCGACCUCGCCGCAAUCGACCGCACUGGAAAGGACAUCCUCUCAACCCUCACCCGCCUCGACUUCCUCUUCCUCAAUGCGGGGAGGUCGUUCGAUCCGGACUACCGCCUCUCGUAUGGCGUCGAUAUCACGUUCGCCACAAACCACAUGGGCCAUUUCCACCUCACGCAGUUGCUCACGCCGCUUCUGGUUGCAUCCGCACCUUCGCGUGUGAUUGUGACGUCAUCCUCACUCCAUAUGGUCGUCGCCAGUAAGUUCAGCUUCGAUGAGCUCGUGUCGCCGACGCCGCCUACGUCGCAGGGCCCUGCGUGGGACAGCUGGUACCGCUAUGGGCGCAGUAAGCUCGCGAAUAUAUUGUUCACGCGGGCGCUAGCGCAGCAUCUGCCGGAGGGGGUGGUGCCGAACUCGUUUUUCCCGGGAAGUGUGCCGACGGAGGCGAGCGCGGGGUGGAAGUAUCUUAUAGGGGAGUUUGGCGGUAGCAUGGUGACACUGUUGUUGAAGCUGGUGGGGCAGACGCCGGAGCAGGGGGCGGCGACGGCGAUGUAUUUGGCCGUGGGGGAUGUGGAAGAGGUUGGGAGGGGGAAUUAUUUUGUGCCCGUGGCGGUGAAGGAGAAGACUAGUUUGUUGGCGGCAGAUAAGGAAUGGGCGGAGGAGCUGUGGGUGUGGAGUGCGGAGAUGGUGGAGAGGGCCUUGAGCGCCGGUAAGGGCGAGGGUGCGAGUGGGAUCGAGGGUGCGGGUGCGAACGAGGGUGCGGGUGCGAACGAGGGUGCGGGUGCGAACGAGGGUGCGGGUGCGAACGAGGGUGCGGGUGCGAACGAGGGUGCGAGUGUGAACGAGGAUGCGAGUGUGAUCGAGGGUGCGAGUGUGAUCGAGGGUGCGAGUGUGAACGAGGGUGCGAGUGUGAGCGAGGGUGCGAGUGUGAAUAUUCCAAGUGAGUUGUUGGCACAUCCGGUGUGUCUUCCCCCUGCGUAG